AUGUUGCGCGACUUCUGCAUCCUGGAGUGCUCGGUGUUAUGUACCUUCGCGGCAUCUGCACUGGCGGCAGCAGGUGGGUUUUGCAAGAUCGAAAGCAUGUUUUCACGCUUCAGGCACACGAAAGAUGGACCGGAUAACCUGAAUGACGAGGUAGCGACCUCAGUUGCGUUGGGGCUUGAGGUGGCUUCGGACACAACUUACGCGAAAUCCAAGGUGCCGGAGGGAGCUCUUGCCGGUGCCGUUGCGUUUGUGGUCACGUACCUGUGGCUGGUUUCCAAAGGCCGUGAUGGCGCCAUCGCCGACACGGAAGCGAAACGGGCUGCCAAGAAGGCAGGAGCACCCGACCUGGGCGUCACAAUCAUCGUAGCCGCGUGA